AGUAGGUUUAUAGGUUACAGGUGUGUUGAACUUCACUUCGUUGCACUUCGUUACGUUCAACUGUUUAUAGAUCACAGGGGGUUUAUAGGUUACUGGUGUGUUGAACUCCACUUCGUUGCACUUCGUUACGUUCAACUGUUUAAAGAUUACAGUGGGUUUAUAGGUUACAGGUGUGUUGAACUCCACUUCGUUGCACUUCGUUACGUUCAACUGUUUAUAGAUUACAGUAGGUUUAUAGGUUACAGGUGUGUUGAACUUCACUUCGUUGCACUUCGUUACGUUCAACUGUUUAUAGAUUACAGUAGGUUCAUAGGUUACAGGUGUGUUGUACUUCACUUCGUUGCACUUCGUUACGUUCAACUGUUUAUAGAUUACAGUAGGUUUAUAGGUUACAGGUGUGUUGAACUUCACUUCGUUGCACUUCGUUACGUUCAACUGUUUAUAGAUUACAGUAGGUUUAUAGGUUACAGGUGUGUUGAACUUCACUUCGUUGCACUUCGUUACGUUCAACUGUUUAUAGAUUACAGUAGGUUUAUAGGUUACAGGUGUGUUGAACUUCACUUCGUUGCACUUCGUUACGUUCAACUGUUUAUAGAUUACAGUAGGUUUAUAGGUUACAGGUGUGUUGAACUUCACUUCGUUGCACUUCGUUACGUUCAACUGUUUAUAGAUUACAGUAGGUUCAUAGGUUACUGGUGUGUUGAACUCCACUUCGUUGCACUUCGUUACGUUCAACUGUUUAUAGAUUACAGUAGGUUCAUAGGUUACAGGUGUGUUGAACUUCACUUCGUUGCACUUCGUUACGUUCAACUGUUUAUAGAUUACAGUAGGUUCAUAGGUUACUGGUGUGUUGAACUCCACUUCGUUGCACUUCGUUACGUUCAACUGUUUAUAGAUUACAGUAGGUUUAUAGGUUACAGGUGUGUUGAACUUCACUUCGUUGCACUUCGUUACGUUCAACUGUUUAUAGAUUACAGUAGGUUUAAAGGUUGCAGGUGUGUUGAACUUCACUUCGUUGCACUUCGUUACGUUCAACUGUUUAUAGAUUACAGUAGGUUUAUAGGUUACUGGUGUGUUGAACUCCACUUCGUUGCACUUCGUUACGUUCAACUGUUUAUAGAUUACAGUAGGUUUAUAGGUUACAGGUGUGUUGAACUUCACUUCGUUGCACUUCGUUACGUUCAACUGUUUAUAGAUUACAGUAGGUUUAUAGGUUACAGGUGUGUUGAACUCCACUUCGUUUCACUUCGUUACGUUCAACUGUUUAUAGAUUACAGUAGGUUUAUAGGUUACAGGUGUGUUGAACUUCACUUCGUUGCACUUCGUUACGUUCAACUGUUUAUAGAUUACAGUAGGUUUAUAGGUUACAGGUGUGUUGAACUCCACUUCGUUGCACUUCGUUUCGUUCAACUGUUUAUAGAUUACAGUAGGUUUAUAGGUUACAGGUGUGUUGAACUCCACUUCGUUGCACUUCGUUUCGUUCAACUGUUUAUAGAUUACAGUAGGUUCAUAGGUUACAGGUGUGUUGAACUCCACUUCGUUUCACUUCGUUACGUUCAACUGUUUAUAGAUUACAGUAGGUUCAUAGGUUACAGGUGUGUUGAACUCCACUUCGUUUCACUUCGUUACGUUCAACUGUUUAUAGAUUACAGUAGGUUCAUAGGUUACAGGUGUGUUGAACUCCACUUCGUUGCACUUCGUUACGUUCAACUGUUUAUAGAUUACAGUAGGUUUAUAGGUUACAGGUGUGUUGAACUCCACUUCGUUGCACUUCGUUACGUUCAACUGUUUAUAGAUUACAGUAGGUUCAUAGGUUACAGGUGUGUUGAACUCCACUUCGUUUCACUUCGUUACGUUCAACUGUUUAUAGAUUACAGUAGGUUCAUAGGUUACAGGUGUGUUGAACUCCACUUCGUUUCACUUCGUUACGUUCAACUGUUUAUAGAUUACAGUAGGUUCAUAGGUUACAGGUGUGUUUAACUCCACUUCGUUGCACUUCGUUUCGUUCAACUGUUUAUAGAUUACAGUAGGUUUAUAGGUUACAGGUGUGUUGAACUCCACUUCGUUGCACUUCGUUACGUUCAACUGUUUAUAGAUUACAGUAGGUUCAUAGGUUACAGGUGUGUUGAACUCCACUUCGUUGCACUUCGUUACGUUCAACUGUUUAUAGAUUACAGUAGGUUCAUAGGUUACAGGUGUGUUGAACUCCACUUCGUUUCACUUCGUUACGUUCAACUGUUUAUAGAUUACAGUAGGUUCAUAGGUUACAGGUGUGUUGAACUCCACUUCGUUACGUUCAACUGUUUAUA